CCAUGGCAACCGAUUCCGGAACGAACAGACCUGGCCCGAACCGCCCGCGAGGCUUUGUGGGCGAUAGCAUUCGCCCGCCCGAAAUCGGUCAUUCUCGUCCUGUCAUUGGAAGUUAGGCGCUACGGGACACAGAUCAAUGCUGCCGCAAGUGCCGUCACCACACCACAAUCUCCGGGGCCGGUAAAUUCAUUGACCAACCUUACUACUAUGCCUGAUCCCCAAGCAGUUCCAAACUUGUCUGAUCCGACCAUGAAUUCGCUCCUGAUGCGCCGUGACUCAUCUGCUCUGACCUCGUCCGGUUCGAUGCCUACCAAUCCACGCAUGAUGGUCAUGAUGGCAUCACCAGCUGUUGCGGCUCCCGUGUUCGCUCCACCACUCCCGACGCCGAGUCUCAAUGCGAAACACCCCGCCGCUGUUACGGGACCGUGGCCACCGAUGUUUGCCGCUCGGGAUGAACUAGUACGUUUGUUCGAACAGUUGUGCGUACGUCGUGCUACCGAUGUGGUCUCCGUGUUGCCGGAGAUUGUGGAAGUUGUCCUUGCCUGUCUGGAUCGGACGCGGUUGAAGGAACGUGGUUUGGAUUUUGUGUUUCCUGCCUUGAGACAGUUCAGUGCUUUCUCUAGCCACACCAGAAUGCAAAAAGUCUGCGUGGGUGGCAUCAAUGGUUCGUUGACAUUCUUCGAUUUCAAAAUCGGGCGAUACUUUUUCAGUCACUCAAACAACAUGAAUGCGGAUUCAGAUUAUGAUAUGAGACCUGUCACGCCCAACCCGAAUUACGAUACAGUCAGCCUGGUUUUCCUUGUACCGGGUCACAAGGGUCCGGUGACCGCAGUUCGGUUCCAUUCCGACGGGCGACUGGUUGCGACCUAUUCACUUCAAGAGAGCACGCUUCGUAUUUGGCAACUCCACAACACUGGAUUGUUUGGUAUGGGCGGUCAGCAGGUUAAAGCUGUCUCCACACACCCAGUCCCUCCGCUACUUCCGCCACCAAAACAUGUGACCGAUGGACCGGACAAUGCCACCACGAGUGAUGCACAGAAGAAAGACGGUAUGAUGAAAACCGAUUGUAUCUCCUCGGAUUCGAUCGCGGUGUGGUUGGAUUGGCCCGAGGCGCAUAUGGUGCAUCUGAUCACCGAUAGCGGUGUGAAACGUCGUGUCAAUGUUUGA